GCCAUCCACGUGUGCUAUUUCUAGAAACACUUUGGGGUAGAGUUCGCACUUGCAAACGUCUGCCGCCACUGUCUCGGCAUCAAAAUGUCUUCUAUUGCUGACUGACAGGCGUGGCAACAUUGAUUCAGCAAGCAGGAAUGCCGCGUCAGCGGCCGUUGCCAUCGGCCAGCUCGAAGCAGACAUCGUCGAUCAGUUGUAGGAUCAGUAUAUGAUAUAUGAGGACUUAUAUCAAGUUGAUCAAGUACCUCGAGAGACAUGGCUGAGCCCAAGUUCAAGGUUGCGAUCGUCGGUGCUGGAAUCGGAGGACUCUGCUUCGCACUCUCGCUCCACAGGUCACUCGCUAAUGUGUCUGUGGACAUCUACGAGUCGACUACCGUGCUUUCUGAGGUCGGCGCUGGAAUAGGCGUGUGGCCAAGAGUGUGGAAGAUCCUGAAAGAGCUCGGACUGGAAGAUGAUUUUCUGUCCAUCACACACAUGAAAGAUGGGCAGAUAGCUCCACAUUCCUUGAUAUACAGAAAGGCAGAUCAGCCACAGGGCAUUUUCGUGGCAGAGACCGAAAGUCCAUUUGUGACGUAUCACAGAGCACAGUUUCAUAAAGUCCUCAAGAAACAUAUUCCGGACUCGUGCAAGCUGCAUUUGUCCAAGCGACUGACGAGUUACGCCACAAAGGACUCCGGCGAGAUAGGUCUACAAUUCGCUGACGGCUCUUCUGGGACCUGCGACGUCCUUGUUGGCUGCGAUGGCAUCAAAUCAACCGUUCGCGAUGUGCUGUAUCGUUCACUUGCUGAACAAGCCAAAGAAGCUGGAGACGACGCCAAGGCUUCCGAAUUGCUGGCAAAGGCCAAGCCGGUAUGGACCGGGAAGAUCAUGUACCGUAGUCUUAUUCCCAAGGACAUACUCGAAGUUGCAUCUCCGGGUAACCCGCUUUCACAAAAACCGCAUAUGUGUAUGGGCAAAGACAGGUUUGUCAUCACAUAUCCGAUUUCGCAAGGCCAACAGAUCAACUUCGGCGCGUACGUAUCUGAACCUGCGUUAGAAGGCACACCGUACAACAGAUCCUGGACGCGAAAAUGCGCAAAGGAGGAGUUCAUCGAGACUUUCUCUAUGUUCGAGUCCCAUAUGCAGGAUCUGUUGAACUGUAUUGGCGAGGUCUCUGCAUGGGCGAUUCAUGUCCUUUCGCCGUUGCCCACAUACGUGGACAAUCGUGUUGCACUCUUGGGUGAUGCGGCACACGCGAUGACUCCCUUCCAAGGUUCGGGAGCUGGGCAAGCAAUUGAGGAUGGCUUCGUCCUGGCCGCCGUACUCGCACAUCCUCGCGUCACGCGCGAGACGCUCCCGCAAGCGCUGCAGGUUUACGACCAGAUCCGGCGUCCUUUUUCGCAGUGGGUGGCGACAAAUUCGCGAGCCGCAGGGCAGAUAUACGACCUGCGGGGCGAGGGAAUGGAGAAGCUGACGUUGGAGGAAAGCAUCGCUGGCGGCGUGUCCAAGGCGCAGUUGGAGUCGAUGGAAAAAACUCUGCAAAGCAUGUUUGAGUGGUUGAAGGACGGCAGCGUGUUACCUGAUCGAGAUAGAGCUCUGGAAAUAUUGGAGGUCACGGUUUGAAGUUGAAACAAGGUCGACGAGAAUAUAAUCAAUGGGUACACAAGAUCUACGAAGCUGUUUAUGGCGUUGAUAUUAGAGCGUAGCUAUGAAUGGAUUCGGGAUGUGGCGCAGGGACAUCUCCAGUGUCAAUAUUCCCUGUAUAUAUAUACGCACACUCGUGUUGAUACCACCGUUCAGCGAGCUAUGACGGGAUUUU